AGCAGAAUCCUCAAGAUGCAUCGUAUAGAACUACUCUUGACACUUUUGGCACUUACGUUUACAAGCACCUCAGAAACCUGUACUUCACGUUUUAACAUCACCGCAGUCAGAGGGGAGCCUUUCUAUCUGAGAUAUUGCUCAUCAGCAUCUGAGCCCAAGAAUGAAACAGCCAUCAUAAAAUGGUACAAGAGCAGUCGAUCACAGGGGCGCAUUGAGCUAAACUCAAGCAGUUCACCCAGAAUUUCUCUGCACGAUUAUGUUUUGGAGUUUUGGCCAGUUGAGUUGGAGGACAGUGGAUCUUACUUUUUCCAGAUGGGAAAUGAUACGCAUGAAUGGAAAUUAAAUGUCAUUGGAAAAAGUAAACACAACUGUUUUGCUGAAAAACAACUAAUUAGUAAAACUGUGGAAGUUCAAAAAUCUUUGCAUGUAAACUGUAAACAAAAUACAUACUAUCAAAAACUGGUCAAUAGAACAUCACUGUAUAAGAACUGUGAAAAGAUGGAGAACAAUAAAAACCCAUUUUUACAGAAGAAUGCGGAGUUUAAAGAUCAGGGAUAUUACACCUGUGUGUUUUUCAUUCAUCAUAAUGGAAAACUAUUUAAUGUCACCAAAACCUUCAAUGUAACAAUAGUUGGAGAUCGCAGCAAAAUAAUUCCUGUUCUUCUUGGACCAAAGCUUAACUAUGUGAAGGUGGAAUUAGGAAAAGAUGUAGAACUCAACUGCUCUGCUUUGGCGAAUGAAAAGGAUGCGGUUUAUUGGAACGUGUGGGAAGAAAAUGGAAAGGAACCUAAUGUACGUGAAGAGAACAUAACAAGAACUAGGACUCCAGAUGGCAAAUUGUAUGCAUCAAGAAUAUUGAGAAUUGAGAAUAUCAAUGAAAAAAAUCUACGGUUUUCGUAUAAUUGUGCUGUGGCCAGCGAGGGAGGCAUAGACACCAUAAACUUUGUCUUGUUGAAAAAAGAAGAGAUGGUUGAUAUCCCAGGCUACGUCUUCACCAGAGGAAUGAUCAUAGCUGUUUUGAUCUCAGUGGUAGCUGUGUUCCUAGUGAUUAUAGGCGUCAUUUAUAGAGUUGACUUGGCCCUAUUUUAUAGACAUUUCAUGGGAAAAGAUGAAACAUUAACAGAUGGAAAAAUAUAUGAUGCUUUUGUGUCUUACCUAAAAGAAUGUGGACCCGAGAAUGGAGAGGAACACACCUUUGCUGUGGAGAUUUUGCCUGGGGUGUUGGAGAAACACUUUGGGUAUAAAUUAUGCAUAUUUGAAAGGGAUGUUGUGCCUGGAGGAGCUGUUGUUGAUGAAAUCCACUCACUGAUAGAAAAAAGUCGAAGACUGAUCAUCGUCCUAAGUAAAAGCUACAUGUCUAAUGAAGUCAGGUACGAACUUGAAAGUGGACUCCAUGAAGCGCUGGUAGAAAGGAAAAUUAAAAUCAUCUUAAUUGAAUUUACACCUGUCAGUGACUUCACAUUCUUCCCCCAAUCACUACAGCUUUUGAAAUCUCACAGAGUUCUGAAAUGGAAUGCUGAUAAACCUCCGUCAUAUAACUCAAGGUUCUGGAAAAAUCUUCUUUAUCUGAUGCCUGCAAAAAUGGUCAAGCCAUGCGGAGCUGAAUCUGAAGUCUUACCUGUUCUUUCACAGUCCUGA